UAAAGAGAGAUAGAUGGGAAUCUUCUACAGGCAUGGAGGGAAGAAAUGAACUCCCCCAAAACAGAUGCCCUGAGUUCAUCUGAAUGUCUUUACACUCUCAGAUUAAAGCUUAAAAACCUCCCAGGAAGGAAAGGAGGCCAGAUUGGAGGGGGAGGAGGUGAGAGGAAGGAAGUGGGUGGAGAAAACCACUGUAUUCCCAAGAUGCAAGGAAAAUGGAAAAAUAGAAGAAAAAAUAUAUUAAAUCAAUGUAAACUAAGAGAGUCACAGUGUACACUCUGUGGUGAGCCUGAAGGUUUGGAUUCUCUAACAGGGAAUGCAUUUCCAGAGGAAGAGGGUGGCGAUCUGCUCAAGUCGGGGAUCAGUUUUCCAGGGACGACAGAGGAGGAGCUAGACCAGCAGUACUCCUGGUCACCUUCUCAGCACUUCAAUGAAGAAAGAUUCUCGCCUGCUCCGAGGAACAUGAAAGGAUUAUCUGGUAGUCGCAACCAACCACAAUUAUGUUCUGCUCAUACUUGUGGCUUAGCAUCCCCUGAAGAUUGUGAACACACCCACGAUCAUAUCCACCAUGGGCAGGAGCCAAGGCAAUCAUAUCUUCUCAGCCCUACAGAGAGCUGCCCGCUGGACCAUCAUCGCUGCUCGCCACGAAGCUCUAUCCAUUCAGAAUGCAUGAUGAUGCCCAUGGUUAUGGGCGAUCACAUGUCAAGUAGCACUUUCCCCAGAAUGCACUACAGCUCACAUUACGAAACUAGGGACGAUUGCACCAUGUCUCACGCUAAUCCUAAAAUUAACCGAAUUCCUGCCAAUCUCUUGGAUCAAUUUGAGAAACAACUUCCUCUCCACAGGGAUGGGUUUCAUACUUUACAAUAUCAAAGGACCUCAACAGCUGCAGAACAACGCAGUGAAAGCCCAGGAAGAAUACGCCAUCUUGUUCAUUCAGUCCAGAAACUUUUCACUAAGUCUCAUUCUUUGGAAGGAUCAUCCAAGGGUAACGUCAAUGGGACAAAGGGAGACAGCCGAGGGGACGACCAUCAUCAUGGGCAUCAUUCCAAACAUAGCAAAAGGAGUAAAAGUAAGGAGCGAAAACCAGAGAGCAAGCAUAAAUCUGGAAUGAGUAGCUGGUGGAGCUCUGAUGAUAAUUUGGACAGCGAUAGCACUUAUCGCACACCUAGUGUAGUAAAUAGACAUCAUGUUGAUCAUAUCUCCCACUGCUACCCUGAAGCGCUCCAGGGGCACUUUGGGGAUCUCUCGCUGAAGACUUCCAAAAGUAACAAUGAUGUGAAAUGCUCUGCUUGUGAAGGGCUAGCAAUGACCCCUGAUGGUAAAUACAUGAAAAGGAGUUCUUGGUCCACACUUACAGUAAGCCAGGCUAAAGAAGCUUAUCGCAAGUCAUCACUUAACUUAGAUAAGCCUCUGGUUCAUCAGGAAAUCAAACCUUCUUUGAGGCCGUGCCAUUACCUUCAGGUGCCUCAAGAUGAAUGGGGAGGGUACCCUGCUGGCGGUAAAGACGAGGAGAUCCCCUGCAGGAGAAUGAGAAGUGGGAGUUAUAUUAAAGCCAUGGGAGAUGAGGAAAGCGGAGAUUCUGACACUAGCCCCAAAACAUCACCAAAGGUAGCAGUUCGACCAGAGUCAUUAUUAAAAUCCAUUGGACAGAGACCACUUGGAGAUCACCAAAAUCAGAGCUACCUUCAAGCAGCAAGUGAUGUGCCUGGGGGCCACAACCUGGAUCCCUCCGCAAACUACAAUUCCCCAAAGUUCCGAUCAAGGAAUCAGAGCUAUAUGAGAGCAGUGAGCACACUCAGUCAGGCCAGCUGUGUUAGUCAGAUGAGUGAAGCAGAGGUCAAUGGGCAAUUUGAGUCGGUGUGUGAAUCAGUGUUUAGCGAAGUUGAAGCUCAGGCAAUGGAUGCCCUUGACCUCCCUGGAUGCUUCCGAACAAGGAGUCACAGUUACCUGCGGGCCAUUCAGGCAGGUUAUUCCCAAGAUGAUGAAUGUAUCCCUGUGAUGGGCUCUUCCAACAUCACCUCAACUAUCAGGUCAACAACAGCUGUAACUUACACAAGUUACAAAAAAACACCACCUCCGGUACCUCCACGUACCACUUCCAAGCCACUCAUCUCAAUUACAGCACAGAGCAGCACAGAAUCCACCCAGGAUGCAUAUCAUGAUAGCCGGACUCAGAGGAUUUCCCCGUGGCCUCAAGAUGGUCGAGGAAUGUACAACUCGACAGACAGUUUGGACAGUAACAAGGCCAUGAAUCUUGCCAUGGAAAGUGCUGCUGCACAGCGCCAUGCUUCUGAGAGUCAAAUCACUUCAGUACGAACCAGUGACAAGGCCAUUUUAGUGACAAAAGCUGAGGAGUUUCUUAAGAGUCGACGGUCCUCUAUAGGGAUUCAGGUGGAAACAGCAACUGAUUCAGACACCGAGAGCCGAGGCCUACGGGAAUACCAUUCUGUGGGAGUGCAAGUAGAAGAUGAGAAACGACAUGGACGGUUUAAACGUUCAAAUAGUGUAACAGCAGCUGUUCAGGCUGACCUAGAACUGGAGGGCUUUCCAGGACAUAUAACAAUGGAGGACAAGGGACUUCAAUUUGGUUCAUCAUUCCAGAGGCAUUCAGAGCCUAGCACUCCUACCCAAUAUGGUGCAGUAAGAACUGUACGGACACAGGGACUGUUCAGUUACAGAGAAGACUACAGGACCCCGGUUGACACCUCAAAUCUUCCACCUCCAGAACCCUGGCUGGAACCAGCCAUUGAGACAGUAGAAACAGGUCGGAUGUCCCCAUGUCGAAGGGAUGGAUCUUGGUUUAUGAAGUUACUACAUACUGAAACAAAGAGGAUGGAAGGAUGGUGUAAAGAGAUGGAGAGAGAAGCAGAAGAAAAUGAUCUUUCUGAAGAAAUUCUAGGUAAGAUCCGCAGUGCUGUUGGAAGUGCACAGCUCCUAAUGUCUCAGAAAUUCCAGCAGUUUUAUUGGCUUUGUCAACAGAAUCUGGACCCCAGUGCCAUGCCAAGACCAACUUCCCAGGACCUAGCAGGAUUCUGGGAUUUAUUACAGCUUUCAAUUGAAGAUGUCAGCAUGAAGUUUGAUGAACUUCACCAACUGAAACUCAAUGAAUGGAAACUAAUAGAAUCACCUGAAAGGAAGGAAGAAAGGAAGGUUCCUCCUCCAGUACCAAAGAAGCCCCCAAAAGGAAAAUUCCCUAUAACGAGAGAAAAGUCUCUCGACCUACCUGACAGACAACGUCAAGAAGCCAGAAGACGGCUAAUGGCUGCUAAGAGAGCAGCUUCCUUUCGACAGAAUUCAGCCACAGAGCGGGCAGACAGCAUUGAGAUAUAUAUCCCAGAAGCCCAAACCCGGCUCUAAAGACAGAAUGCGGCAGAGAGUCCUUUUUUAAAACAAAUGCUUGUACAGUUUGUCACUGACUUGGUAAUUUUUGUCUCAUUCUCUCCAAUGAAUAUGCCCUGGUUGUUGUGUUCUUUGUGCCAUAAGCACAGUGGAAUGCUUUUGAUUUCCUCAGAGUUUGCUGAGCUCAUUGCAAGAACUACUUCUUUUUGUAUUUAUUGUCUGACUUACAAUCAGCUACAAUGGAUAGGGCUUGUUGAGACCUGACUUAUCCAAUAUGUUCUCAGAGGACAACAAGAAACACCUCUUGAGAUGAAACCCAGCUUACUUUUUUGUUAUUUAUAUUUUUAUAAAUUGUGUGAUAAUUAGGGAUAAGAAUAACAAACUAUAAAUGGGUGCAUCUCACCAUUCACUAGAGGCAUUAGCUAAUCCAAGUAGAAGGUGCUACAAAUGUGAAGUGCAGGAAAGAAAGAACCCAUUUAUCUCUCUGACCUCCAGUUUCUUUUCCUUGAAUCCAGCUAAAAUAUUUGCCCACGUGCUCUACUAUUCUACUCAUCUUUGUUACUGCAAAAUAACAUUAGGCCUCUCAUGUCAAGUGAAGUUUCUGGAGAUGAACAGGAAUAUCCAGCCACUAAAACUCCAAAGUUCGUCAGGAACCAAGAAGCAUACAAGCCUUGUCCUAUUGGGAAUACCCAGUGAGAAAUGUUUGUGAUAGCAGUAUAAUGACAUUCAGAAAUCAAAGCAAAAUUAUAAUGCAAGAGAACUUGAGUGAUGGGGAAAGGAAAGUGGAAGCCUUAACAAGUUAGAUCUUCUGUAGCAAGAUGUGUAUAGAGAAUAGUUAUAUUUACUCCUUUGGAACACUCAUUGCAUUUUAACAGUUCUUUUAUGUGUUAACUUUUUAUUUUAACAAACUUCUCUCUUUAAUUUCAAAAGCUAUGCUACGUGUGAUAUUUUAAACUCUCAAAAGUCUAUAUCAAUUGAGUUUCCAGGGUAUCCUUGAAAAAAAAAAUCUUUGCUUGUUUAAAAUGCCAGUUGUGAUGUUGUAACCAGUUUAAGAAAUAUGAAUGUGAGUGGUAAGUAUAUCUAAGUUUAAAUGGUUAUUUUAAGGUAAAGGUGAACUGUGGUUUACAUUUUUUCCAGAAAUCUUUUUCCUAUGCAGUAUCAGUUAAGGCAAGAUUACCCUCUUGCUUAUGUCAUACAUAAAGAAAUGAUUUGAGAGGAAUGUGACUUCCAGAUGUGGAAUAUAAGGAAAGUAUUUUUUCAAGCCUCUGAUUUUUAUAAGAGAAUAAAAAGGAAGCACUACAAUCAAGAGGUUUUAAACAUUAAUUUUAAAUACAUUUAAAUAGUAUUAUUUCACUUCAUCCACUUUUCCAGAGAUAACUGAGCAUUCCAACUCUUAGAAGUCUUCAAAUAAAAAUGUAAUAAAAGAUAUAAUCCACAGAUACCAGGAUUCUGAUUACUACACUAGAUCAAAAAGAGUUUUACAUCUAUGGCAAAGACAGUCCCAACUGACAUAUUUUUGUUUAUUGCUUUAACAAAUAUUAUGUAUUUAGCCAUAGGCAGAAUAGCUACGUAAUUAUACUCUAGCACUUUCUUUUGUUCACCUUGAUGAGCACUUUAAAUAUGUACUCGGCACACCCUGAAGCCUGCCACAUGACUGAGAACAUUGAAUAACAUAUGUUACACAGAUCUUACAUUGCUUCAAAUCUGGGUUUGGUUUCUUGGGUUUUUUUCCUUCAGUGCAUUUUGUUAAGCAUGAGUUCUAGUUUUGGAGCAAAGCUGAUAUAAGCAUGUUUAGCUUCAAGAUAUGAAUCGUUAGCAUCGAAUAGUUGAGAAGUUUCUGUAAGGAGAAAAUUCUGUAAAUUGAGCCUGAUAUCUGGUAUAUAUUUACCAAAUAGCCUUAAACUAUAUUUGGAAGCAAAAACCAAGAUGAAUGUAUGUCCUUCCAAAAACAACAACAAAACCCUCCCUGAAAUAUUCUUAUAUAAAUGAAAACUUAUUAUGCCCUCACCCCCCAGUGUGUUCACAGCAUUUUCUGUAUCCGGAAAGAGCUGAAUCCUGGGUAGUGUACAAUAUUGAUGCUGCUUCCUAUAUUUGUUGUACUAUUUUAAAUACAAAUGUAUUUGCAGGUUUUGGCAUCUUUAGUAUUUAAAAGUGAUAUUUAAUGUUAAGUGGAGCUGCGAAUUAGAACUAUCCACAUGAAAAUAAAGCCAGUGUAUUUCCUAGAUAUAGGAAAUUUAAAAUAGACCCAUAUAUAUAUAUAUAUAUAGCGAGAGAGAGAGAGAGAGAGAGAGAGAGAGAGAUUUAGGGCACCUGAUAUAUUUUAUCUAAUUUCCUUGAAUACUUUCAGGCUAAAUCAGACUUGUUUUACUCAUGUGAGUAAUCCCACAUGAAGUAAGGGUGUCGCAUGGGUACAGCAAACAGCGUUUGACCUGUCAGUAUACAGAACUUGUAAAGUCAAAUUGUAAAAAUUAGACUAGCUGUUAAAUUUUGAUCCCAGCUUAUGCUAUAGUGUGUUUUGAAACAGUUCGUAAUGUUUUAAUUACCCAUCAGCUUUUUGGGAUUGUUUUAUGUUAAUAUUUUAUCACUAAAUUGGACUCCAAAUGUCUGGCUAAAACAGACCUGUGUGAGCAAAUUUGACCCUAAAUUGUACACGGUUCAUGCAAUUAUGGGAAUGCGCUCAAUAGGAGUCUCUGGAUAUGUCUGAUUCCCUAUGUGUUCCACCUCUGUUCCAAAGAAGAAUAAUUAUAAGUAAAAUAGAUGCCUACUGCUAAAUCUGAUAAAAUGUUAUCUGUACAUGUUACAUUUUUAAGUGCAAUAUAUUCGACUUGUUGUACAGGUAACACUCUAUCAAUAAAGGCAGAUCAAAGCCAUGUUUAUCUGUGUAUUGUACAUCUAAUUAGUCGGAAAAAUAAAAUGUUUAUAAUACUUGUGUUGAAAGUCAGUCACACACAAUCUGCUUUAAUCAUUGCUAUAAGAUACACCGUAUUUAGUAACUAUCACCUACAGAGAGGUCAUGUCAAAUCUGGAAAUAUUCAUUUCAUACAUCGGAGUGGAUUACAGGAUCAGUAUAAAAGAAAUGUCAGUAAAUUAUAAUUUUCUAUUAACGUAAUAACUGAUUAUGACUAUCUUAGCAACUUCAUGCUCUAUAGAUACUUAGAACAAUUUUAGGAGUCAGAGUUCUCAUAAGAGAAUAACUCAUUAGCUAGGCCUUUUACAUACCAGGUCUUAUCUGUAAAGGGUGAAAAAUACAUUUGUCAUUUCAUUGUCCAUAAAACACAAGUAUAAUAAACAGAAUUCUCAAUAGUAUUAUAUUUGAUGUAAGAACAAGACAUGAUUGGUUUAAGGUUCAAUACUUUAUACAUAUUUUUUGCUUUGUAUUUAUUUUAGAUUUAAAGUUCAUUUUAAAUCAGUGAAGUACAUUACAACACAUUUUAUUAUUUCUUGAUUGAUUGAGCAGAAUGGCCUCUGGCAGUGUGUAAAGACUGAAAAUGUUGUACAGUUUAAUACCAAAAAUUACAUUUUAGUUCAUGCUUAAACUUUGUCACUGUAUAUUAAAAUUGAGAUCAAUUAGAAAGGAAUUCAAGCAUAAAUAGGAAGGUGUGUGGAUUUCAUACGUAUAGUGCACUUCAAAUAACACAAAUUAUUUUUUAAAAGUAAUAACUUCUACUUUUCAGUAAAUCAGUGUUCUAAUUUUUAUUACUUUAACACAACUGAUGAACUGUUGAAAGGGACAGAAUUUACUAAGAGACAAUGGACUGCAGUUUAGCUAUCAGCCACAAAUGUACCAGAAAUUUCUCAGAAUCUUCCUUUGACUUGUGCUUCUGUACAGAUUCUCUCUUCCUGGGUUUCUUUGUUUAUUCUGCUCUCACAACGUACAAUACCCUGUUCUAUUGCUUGUCAGCAACUCUUUAAACUUUCUGUUAUGUUCUUGUGCUGUUUUAUUUCAGUAACAUCUUUAUGCUAAUUGGUAGCUAUACUGGCAAACUAAGACUCAGAUUCAUCUCAGCCAUUUGCAUGCAUCACAUUCUUAGACAAAUUUUAUUCCUGUUUACACCUGGACUUCAGCAUUAACGUCAGCAGAGGAGGCCACAGCUUGGCCUGUCUGACUGCACUGUGUGUUGUGCAUGUUAAUCUGAAGGCUGAAUUUAUCCCAUAGGAAAUUAGGUACAGCUGCCUCCUUUAAUAUUGUACAAAGCAGAGAGUCCUCUGUGAGAGGGGCUUUAGAAAUGUUGAUUGAUAGUUGAGAUAAAAUGCUCAGCAAUAGUCAGUUACUCCUCCACAUGGCUUUCAGAGCAAAUCACUAGACAAUGCUGUCACAAGUAAAUCGAAAUUCAGGUGACAAAUAUUAGUAAAUCCUUUAAUAUUCAGAGUGGUGCUUCCCUAGUGCAUGGGAGGUCAACACUUACAUUAUAUAGUGCCUUUCAUCCAGAAGGAUCUCAAUGCACUUUACUAGCUGAUUUGCAAAGGGUGGGCAAAAUUCUAGCUCAUGCAGGGCAAGUGGUUCAACUGGAUCAUGUCCUCAUUGCCUCCACACCAAAAGGGAGUUUUAUAAUCCCCUCAAAAUGUUAUGGCGACCUCUCUGCAUACUCCAGGAUCUGGACUGUUGGAGGAAGAUGUCAAAAUUGGAUGGUUCAAAAGAAAGGAAUUGCUGUGACUGGGAGUGGGGGCAAAGCACGUGGCCAUCCCUCCAAAAAUUAGGAAGACAAGAGAGAGCAUCCUCACAUUUUGGCACCUUUUCAGAAAUAGCCUUUGCAUCUGCUCCAUACUUGAUGGUCUUUAGAGCCACUGUGGCCAAGGGAGAGCCCAUUAGGAGCUAUUUAACCAGAGAACUGGAUAAUGAUUAAAAAGGGAGCCACAACCAGUGAAAAAAGCAUAGAGUCUCUAUGUGUAUAGUACAGGUUUGCCAGGUUUUUCUAUAUUAUCUCUCAGCCUGUUUCAAUCGGGGCAACUCACCCCUCACCCUCAGUGAGAUGGUAUGGAGGAAUCUCCACUAGGGAUCGUCAGCAGAUAUCUCACCACCAGAAUUCCUUCCCAUGAGUUUUUUCAGCAGAGGAUUGAGACCAUAUGCUGCAAAAACAGGCUUAAUGUAUGACUCUAUUGUAGCUGAAACCUGCUAUAGUCUCUACCCCCUUGUGGACUAUAGUCAGACCACAAGUAAAAAUAAAAAAGAAUAUAAUAUUCUGAAAUUGUAGUUAGAGACCAAUGGGGGGCAAUUGCAUGUGUGUGGGGGAGGGCAUGUUCUUUGAUUACACCUCAUUGACCCUAAUGGUUCAUUUAAUGAAAAAGCGAUAAAGCUACCUCUAUGCAAUAUUUUUGGGGGUUGAGGCAGAUCAUCCAUCAUAAGUGAUUUUUGGCAUGCUCACCAGCACACCCAAAUUCCCGUUCUGAUUUUAGUUCUCUGGAACCAUAGGAAAUGCUCAGUCCAUCACCAUAAUGCACCCAUCUCUGAAGUGAAAUACAGCAACUGAAACCAUUAUAAAACAAUAUGUUCAGAAUGAUAAAUGUAAAAAUGAAAAUAAAAAAGGAAACUUACCCAAAAUUGAAGUUGAAUGAGAUACUAAGAAUAAUGUGUCUCCUGGUAUUUACAAAAUAAAUAAAUAAAUAAAUGUAAGUCUUAAUACCUUUAUGUGGCCAGGACAGUUUUUUUCCAUUACAUGUGAAAUUCACAUUUCAGAACCCUCAACAGUAAACAUGUGACACCUUUCAUAAAAGAUAAUGACUGGGAAUGACAUUAUGGUCCUAAUUCUGCCUUUUGUGAUAUUGAAGCAGUGCCCAUUAUCAUUCAUUGAGCUCUGAAUUAAGCUUCAUGGGUCAGAUUCUCAGAUGUUGUAAGUCCUUGUAGCUCCACUAAUGUUAACACAUAAAUAUGCCACUUGAGAAUCAAGCUGUAUGUCUUUAAUUAAGGAUCAUUGGUAGUCACUAUACUACAUUGGUAUUUUGUUGCAGAACAGUCUUUUACUCUUUCAGUACUGAUUUGACAAACAAAACUUCAUUUAAAUGAGGAAUGAAUGAGAGCUUAUUUGAAGAUAUUAUCAUUAGUUUAAAGUCCACAAAUCAAUAUAGCCAGUCUUAAGCACUUCCCCUUUCUAGUUUGUCAUUCUGCACAUAGCAGUUUCCAUCUUUGGGGCUGAACUGUAAGCAGAGCUCUAUGAUAAAUAUUUUUAGCUUUAUGAAUAGAUUCUGAUUUCAGUUACACUAAUGUAAACCUGAGAAACUUCACUGUAGUCAAUGGAGCUAUUCCAGAUGUGUAUCAGUGCAACUGAUAUUCCAGCAGUGCAUCAGUGUGUAUCUCUGAUGCAUGUCUAAUUGAGGUGGAAAACAAUUACUCUGGAAGUUAGCUCAUGCAGCAUUUUUUAAAGUAGAUCUUCUUCCCUUUCAAGUAGGUCACAGUCAUCACAGAGUGCUUGUUAUUGGGCUCAAGUUUAUGAUAAUUGUCAUUAUAUACUAAAUAAAGCAAGUAAUUUUCUAAUAGUUGAUGGAAUCCACAUCUUCAUAUCCAUGCUUUGAUUUUUCCCCUUGGAGGUUUAAAUAGCAUGGCCAUCUCAUUUUAAAAGGGCUCAGCAUGUAUGUACUCCUUACUCCAUUUUAUAUAGAGAUUUUUCUGAAUUAACAAAUUUUCCCUUUGAAGUCAUGUGACUUCUAUUGCUCUAGAACUGUUCUUUCUUGAAGAAAAGCCACCAUGACUGUGCAGUUUCAUCUGUACAGCGAUAACUCAUAUAUCCAUUUACCAUGUAACAUGCCAAAAUAUUCAAGUGUGGCCUAAGGACUAAAUUAAAUGCCUCCUAUAGAAUUUCAAGGAAUGUUAGAACCAGGAAACUAGCUGUUUAGUUAACAUUAAAAUAUAUAUAUAAAUAUAUAUAUAAAUAUAUAUACAUAAGAAAUCAUAUCAACAAUGAGGAUGAACUGAGUGCCAAAUAUUCAUCAUCUGUACAAAGCGAUACUUCACUAGAAUUAAACUAUUUUAUGUAAUUCUCUUUUCAUGCUUUUAUGGUUCUUUUGAUAAAUUCUAUUUAGUAGCAUGCAGGAUACCUAAAUUGAAUGUACAGUUUGCUGUUUCAUUGCUACAAUAAUUUCUUGCUUCUAAGUAAUAUCUUCUGUCCCAGAAUGUUACUCGUUAUUUUGAAGACAUAUUUGAGAAUUGUUCUAUUCUUGAGUUAUUCCUCUUCAUGAUUCUCUACUCAUCUCCAGCUGAUUGUAAGAAAAUGUGCUUCACUCUUUUGCCCCCGGCUCUUUUAUGAAGUUGCCUCUUUCAAUUGGUUUAUGUAUUGUUUAUGUUCAUCUCCUGUAAAUAA